AUGUCAUCUGAGCUUUUGGACAGUCCAUAUGCAACCCAACAGAUGCGCCGCCUCAAAUCCACGAGUCCAACAGCCAUCGAUGCCUUUGAUAAAGCACCUCCUCGUUGUCAGACAACCACCGCCGAUUCCAUGCCACUGUUCGGAAUCGACAUGUUUCUCCAGUUGAAGGGUCUGAACACGCAAGCAUAA